UGCCGCCAGGAGGUGUCAGUGUCUGUCAAACGUGAAAUUUGUGAAAUUUUUGCAGAAAAAUUGGUUUUUGAGCCCCAAAAAGUAACCCCAAAAAUCAUGGCUAGUGAGUAUGGUGAGUGUUUUGUGGUGCUGCAGCCUUUUGCCGAGGGCGGAGGCGCUAUCUACGGCAGGAAUUCCUAUGCAGCGAGGAAUGAGGUGACUGAGGUUCUCUACUUUCCGGCAACUGAGGAUUCUGCCCCCCGAAAGUGCUCUGGUCUGGAGGUUGAGGGUGCCCCUGCGAGGGCCGUAAUCCUCAGUGGCCCCGCCAAUGCAAAUGGAGCUGCAGACAGUGGAGCCAAUGACAAAGGAGUCGCCGUGGGGCUCUGUUUCACUGACAAUGAGGCCCCCAGCGGACUUCUGGGCAUCGAUCUUGUCCGACUUGGCUUAGAGAGAGGAGGAACGGCCUGUGAAGCUGUGGAAGCUAUUGGGGCUCUGGUUGAAAAAUAUGGGACUGAGGGGGGUUCCCAGGCACCCAAAGCUUCCUUCGUGAUAUGUGAUCCCCAAGAAGCGUGGUUCGUAAGCGUUGUAGGGAAUUUAUGGGCAGCAGAGCAAAUUUCUGAGGGCUUUCGGGCGUCUCCUAGGGGUCUCAAUGUCUCCACAAAGAUCGACAAGUGCUCUUCGGAUCUCCAGGAAAAGGCUCAGAGUCUUGGAGUUUGGGAUGGAAGCGGAAGUUUUGACUUUGCAGCUUCAUUCUCAGCUUCUGGAUCCACUGAAGCCUCUUUUCCCCUCAAUUCACCAUCGGCCGAGGGCGCCUUCUCCCUCACGCACAUGUUUCAGCUGAUGCGAGCUGAGGAACUGCACCAGGAGGCCGUGGUAUCCAGCCAUGUGUCCACCUUGUCAGCUUCCGGAGUUUCCUGUCACUGGUUCACUGCUACUCCCAAUGUCAGGGAAUCAGUCUUCAAGCCAUUUGUCUUUACUGCCAGUGCCAGGAUCUCCCCACUGACUGUCCUGGAUGCCAGCAAGAGUGACCAGACGCUGCUCUUCAAGUACCAUCGGGGAAGAAAUUGGGCAGCUGUGGGCAAUCUUCUGGCAUCGCUGGAGGAGACUUGCGUGGCUGAAGUCAAGGAUGUCCUGGCCAAUAUUCAGGACCCUGAGAACAAUGAGCUGGACGACUUGAUGAAGGAUUGCGUGGAAGCUGAAGUGAAAUUUUAUCGCUAAAUUCCAAAAGGGCCGUGAGUCUCCUUUCCUUUUUACAGUUCUGUCCUGAAAAUAUUGGAGCACUUUUUUCCCAUCAAUCUCAUUAUUUAUUUAUCGCUAUUAAAAUAUUUAAAAGAUUUUUUUAAAAUAAAAUUUUAUUACAAUAAAAACAUUUUUCGAUAAAAGUAUUUAUCCAGACUCAAUAAAAAAUCUUGGAUAACUUGGAUAAGAUAAAUAUUUAUCCGGAAACGUCGCUAAUAUUGUCUUUCGAGAAAUUUGAAAAGUACACUUGAAUUUCAAACAAACUUGUCUGAAAAAGUUACUUCAUUACACUUAUCCGAUUUAGGAUAACACGUACAUGUUGAUAAAACAUCUAGGAUAAUUGUAGUAAUGAGCAGACUUAACUCGAAAUUCUCCUCUACUCUUCUGGAUAAUUUUCCACGGCAUUGAAAUCAUGAGGAUAACAAAGUAAAAUUAUCCAGAUGCAAUCAUAUCCUGGAUAAAAUAAUUACAGUAAUCCUGAUACACUCAAUCCCGGCAUUAAGUCCUUCGGGAUUAUGCACCUGACGGAAUUAUGCACAUACAAUUAUGCAAGUUUGCCUACCAUUGGGAGUCAAUUUAUGAAAUCAUUUUUGAAAUACGCCUAAAUGUAUACUAUGUUGCUACGCGGGUAAUUUGAAAAAAAAUUGCUACUUUUUCAGAAUAAAACUUUAAUUUCUUUUAUUAAGGUAAUUUUUUUUUUAAAUAUUCUGAACAUUUAUUGAAGAACUCUGGCCAAAAAGUACUGUUUGUUAAUGCAUUUUUAUUAAACAGGUGAAUCUUUUUGUUUGAACUACUUUUACUCCGCGCGAAAUUCGUUCUACGGCCGAUUUAUUCAGAAGAAAUCCCCUGCAGUUAUGCAAAUUUUCUCGAUGCGUAAUGCCAUUUUGAGCGUUUGUUUUUUGGUCCCGAAAAUAUGCAUAACGCCGGGAUCUAGUGUAUCUUACAAAUAUUACUACGAAAAAAAUUAGUAUGCCUAUAUCAAAGAAAUUGAAAAAGAUAAUUAUCAGGAUAAUACUUUCACGCUCAUGAAACAACUAAGAUAACAAUAAAAAAUGAGCAAAGACAAUACUUUCAUAUUCAGGACAAAUACAGAUUCUCUACCUCUUCUGAAUAAUCAUUUUUUUUGAUAAGUUAUCAAGAUAACAAAUGAAAAUUAUCCAGAUAUUAUCAUAAAAAACUUCGAUAUCUCGGAUAAGGUAUUCAGAAUUAAGGAGGCGUAUAUCAAAUAAAUUCAAAUAAGAUUCCAAACACUUUGAUAAUGUUCAUUAUAAAUUACUAUGAUAUUAUCUACAUUCUGAUUAAAUAACUAGGAUAACGUUAAAACAAUGGUUCAAAACGGUAGCUCCAUAUUCUCACUAAAUACAGGUUUUUUACCUCUUGGAUAACGAUUACUUGGUCUCUAGGGUAACAUGUGGUAUUUCGGGGCACUUUUUAGCAUUUUCAAAUUUCAAACAGCCUAAUGACUUCUCAAAUUAUUUUUUUCUUUGUUGAUACAAAUAUUUAUGUUCCUUAUUCUAUCCAGAAUAAGAUUCUUACCGAAAAAUGUUGAAAAAUGCAUAAUUUUUUAUUCAAAAUAGCAAAAAAUGUAAAGAAGUAAAAAUGGUGUAUUUCGGGACAAUUUGGGUAUUUCGGGACAGGUACAAAUCGCUAUUAAGCAAAUAAAUGUCACUGAGCCUGACUAUUUAUCUUUAAGUAGAAGGUCUAAAUUUCACUCUUUUAUAAAAAUUUUGUUUAAAUUUCACUUGUAAAGUGGCUUAAAACGAAAAAAAAACUCAGCACGUUUGUGUUGACAUCUGCAAAAUUGACCACACUGAAGGUUUUGUAAAAAGUGGAAUGUGAUACUCACAAUUCACACGUAGAGCUUAAAAUUUCAUAUAGAAUUUACAAAUAAUAAGAAAACAAAUAUUUAGAGGAUUUUCGAUGUGUCCAGAAAUACCCAUAUUAUGUCCCGAAAAGCACCUUUUCCAGAAAUACCACACGUUAUCCUAAGUCACUAAUGUAGCAAUAUAAUUCUUCAUAAUUUAUCAAAUUUAAGAGUUUGAAGCUUCUAUCCAGAAGUUUUGAUGAUUGUAACUGUUUUGGAUAAUUAAUGCGAGAAGCAAUAAUGCUUCAAAGCUGGCUAUAAUGAUUAUCCAGACAAGAAAUAUCUGACUAUUGUUUACGAUAAUGAAAAUAAUAAAUAUAACACCACGAAGAAAGUUAUAUUAGUUUUUUUGCAUUACUUGGAUAAACGAGUUGACACAUUUUAUUUCAUUCAGUUAUUUUUUAAUUUGUUGAAUAGUUAGAUAACAAAAUUCAUAAAACUUCUGUAGUGCUUGAAUUAUAUCAAGAGUAAAAAAUAUGAGUUCCUGAAUUACUUUUAAAAUAUUGGGAAAAAACUAAUACCAAUAACAUUUAAAUUUAUCUGACUACUAUGACUAUUUUCACAAAUAACUUUAGAAAUGUCAAAAACUAUAACUAUUAGAGGGUUUUCUGUACAAUGAUCACUGAUAUUUCUCGUAUUUCAUUUGUAAUGUACUUGGGAUUAUUCAAAAAAAUUUUGGAUAAUCCUUAUAUCAUGAUAGACGUCAAUCAGAGUUAUCUAAACUAUUUAUAAAACCACAAUUGUUUUUUUUUUCAAUUUUCAGGUUAAAUAGAUUAGGCUCUGUUUUAUCCCGGAUAAUCAUGAUAAGUGUACUCUGAAAAAAUGUCUUGUUAAACGAACAAAUGGAUUUUGUUGAAAUUUUGUCAAAAGGUUGCUAUUUACCAAUUUGACAAAACAUUGUCUUGUAUUUUACAUGGAAAAAUACCCUUUUGACAAACUUUUAUCAAGAUCCAGUUGGCCGCCGAUUUGACAAAACUUUUCCAUAUUCUGUAUGAAAGAACAUCCUUUUUACAAACUUGUCUUGUUAAUUUGACAAAACAUUUUUUUCAGAGUAGUAAAUAUUCCCAAUCUUGGUUUAUCCUAUACUCAUCGGACAAAAAAAUGGAUAAUAGCAGUAAAUCAUCAGAAUUUUUAAAUUUUUGCAAAAAACUAAUUUGGAUCCGAAUUUUGGAUAAUGGAUUAUCAAUAAUCGGAUAAUAAUGCAUAGUUGGAUAAUCGUUAUCUAUUAUCAAAAUAACCAAAACGUUAUUAUAAAAACAACCGAAUUCAUAGUUUGUGGUCAACGGACGGGACGGACGAUACUUAGAACAAUUGCCGCGAAAGGGCAAUUGGGAGACAGACGAAAACGGACGAAAAAACGAGGAACAGGCAGACUUGGAUUGGACGCCUAAGAGAGCGGACGUAAAAUAAAAAGUUUUAAAGAUAAUCCGAGUGUUUAAUUAAAAAAAUAUAAUGGAGUCUACAAGUUAUUUUUUAUUUUUUAUAUCAGAACUGUCUAAUAGUACUUUGGAUCAUUCAGCAGUGAUUUGGAUAAUCUUUGUAAAUCAUCGGGAUUGAAAAAUUGUCAAGAAAAACAUUAAUCCUGUUCUGAAUCAGUCGGUUAUUUAAUUUUUUGCUCAGUAUAGUCCUCAUGAUCGACCGGAGAAUUAUUAGUUUCCGUCUUCGGUCUGGAUAAUCGUGAUAAAAUAUUAGCGAUCUUAUAUACAUGUUUGUAAGUUUUUUAAAAAACCUAUGACCUUUUAUUAUGUCGAUAUAUUUUCAGAAGAGUGUGAUAAACUUUCUAAAAUCAACAAUGCUCCAAUAUUUUCAGGAUAGGACUGUAAUUUCCUCUCAUUUUUUUGUAUUUAUAUUUGUUUUAUACAAUUUUUAAUUUUGAUAUUAUUUUACCCAAUAUUUUUUAUUGAUUUAUUUAAUUUGUUUUUUUUUAUCGAAAUACCUUCGCAAUUAUGCGAUACUUUACUGUGACUUUGUGAUUUAUUCAUUCCAAAUGACUUAUUAUUUUAUAUUAUUUUAUGACGCAAAUAAAACCCCUUUAGAAUUUCUUUUAUCAACAAUACAGCGUACUUUCUAUUUUUCUUUGCUUUUGCAAAUAUUGACAAAAAGUGGAAAGGGAAAUUUGCAAUAUUUCCUCUGAUAUAAAGUAUUAAAAUAUUUUAGAAAAGAAAUAUUACUGAAUGGGAAAUUGAUUGCGAGAUAACACUCGAGGGCACCGUAACGGAAAAGGUAUUGAAAAAAAAGAAGAUCAGAGAAGGAAAGCACAAAGAGCAUUUUAUUAAUGGAUUUUUUUUACUGCUGAGAGUAGGUUUUGAAUAACAAGUAUUGAGGAAAAGACGCCUUCACAAUUUUACUAGUAAUCUCUUAGGGGCUUUAUCAAUGAGCUGAAUAUGAUGCGAUAUUAUCAAAACAUACCUUUAUCACGUAAUAUUUGUCUCUUAUAAAAUUGCAUGUAUUCAAGAUGAAAAGUGAAUAAAGCUAAUACAUGAAAUUAA